AUGACCCAUAUCAGCGGUUUAUCAAACAAGCACGCGCGGUCUGACUUGCCCUUAGGUGUCAUAUGGUCUGGCGAGGAGCUACUCCCGGGUGCUGCAGAGGCCAUAAAGUCUUUACGAAAGCAAGGUAAUAUUGCUCAACUCCCAUUCUGGGAAGCAUUGCCAUUCUUACGUCUCAAUACAGGUAAAAUGAUCAUCUUUAUCACUAACAACUCGACCGAGUCGCGUGCAAAUUUCUGCCGACGAUUCGAAAAGUUCGGAAUACCCAUUCACAUAGACGACGUCUUUACCUCGGCUUAUAUUACCGCCAUCUACCUCUCACAAGUUCAGCAGCCUGCCCCACCUCGGGAUGAAGUCUUCAUCCUCGGCAGUGAGGGCAUUGAGAACGAACUUAGCGCUGCUGGCAUCAGGCACUUUGGGGGAACCGACCCAGCAUUUCAGCGCAACAUAACACUUGAAGACUUCAAGGAUCUUGCUGCUAGUUCCACACUAUCGAGCGGCGUGUGCGCUGUCGUGGUGGGAGUGGACUUGCAAUUGAACUAUCUCAAGCUCUGCCAAGCAGUGACCUACAUCCGCAACGGCGCAACAUUCCUAGCAACUAACACGGAUGCCACGUUCCCUAUCUUUGAUACCGUCUUCCCUGCCGCCGGCUCUGUUGCCGCUGCCGUCUCCCGGGCUUCCGAUGUCCAGCCGCUUCUGAUGGGCAAGCCAGGACCUUACAUGAUGGAUGCGAUCUUGGCGCGGCACGGAGAUCUUGACAGGAGCCGUACCUGCGUGGUGGGCGAUGGAAUUGACACAGAUAUUAGGUUCGGCGUAGAGCAGAUGCUAGGCACACUGCUUGUUCUGUCGGGUGUUUCGUCGCGCCAGGACUUGGAAUGUACCAGCACAAAAUAUGCACCAGAGGCAUUUGUGGAACAGCUUGCAGAUUUGGUCCUUUAA